ACUUAUUUUCUUCUCUUUAUGUUUUCCUUCUCAAGGGAAAGGAAGAACUUCAUCAGUUCUGUCAUCUGUUCCUUUGCAGAUUCUAAUUUAUGUAAAUGGGAUUUAUUACAUCUUCUACUUCUUGGUGACUCUUGCAAUGAUUGUUUAUAAAAGUCAAGUUUUCAGUUAUCCAGAUGAUUUUCUGGCUCCUGAUCUUGUGCUGCUUUUCAUUAUGGCCAUUCUUGAAGUGCCGCGACUAUACUUGGGUUCAAAGGGUAACCUGACAGAAGAAGAGGCUCCAUUAGGGCUCAGUCUUGUGAUCACGGUUGGAAGCGUGAUUCUGUCCGUGUAUUUCCUGGUGUGGCAAACGUACGUGCUGAAAGCAGACGUCAUUAUAAACGCUGUUCUUCUCUUUACGUACGGGCUUGAGUCAGUACUAAAGGUCAUGGCCAUCGCUGCUUUUGUCAACUAA